GCAGAGGCAGACGCCGCGGUGUGGAAGAGUAUCCAGACCCGGGGAGACCAUCUACUCUUGCAGAGACUGUGUCUUGGACAACAGCUGUGUGAUGUGCCAGGACUGCUUCCAGAAUAGUGUGCAUGUGAAUCAUACCAUCAAGAAGCGUGUGUCUAAUGGUGGCACUGGCUGUAACUGUGGGGAAGUGGAAGUGUGGAGAAGUGCCCCCUACUGUUCCAAACACGCUCCUGCAGCCUCUGGUGCCACUGCCAGGGAGGCUCCAACCACUAGCAGAUGGCAGGAACGUUGGGAGGUGCCCCUUCAUCAACAGCCUGCAGCCUCCACUAGAGGAGGCACAGUGAAAAUGGAGGAGCCAAUGUGUCUAAUUGAUACGGAGCGUGACGGGCGCCUGAGUGUCCAGCAGGGGGCACUGCAGGUCCUGGAGCAGAUCCAGCAGCCGGUGGUGGUGGUGUCUGUGGUGGGGCUCUACCGCACGGGGAAGUCCUACCUCAUGAACCGACUGGCUGGGAAACAAAGAGGCUUUGCUCUGGGCAGCACCAUUGAGUCCAAGACCAAAGGCAUCUGGAUGUGGUGUGUGCCUCAUCCCAAGAAAGAUGGACACACCCUGGUGCUGCUGGACACAGAGGGGCUGGGGGACGUGGUAAAGGGUGAUGAGAAACAUGACACGUGGAUCUUCUGUCUGGCUGUUCUGCUCAGCAGCACUCUGGUGUACAACAGCAUGGGCACCAUUGAUAACACGGCCUUGGAGAAGCUACAUUUUGUAACAGAACUGACGGAGCACAUCAGGGUGAAGUCCACUGAUCACAGCAAGAACACAGAGCUGAUGCGCAUCUUCCCUUCCUUCGUGUGGACCGUCAGAGACUUCAGUCUGGACCUGGAGCUAGACGGCAAGCCCAUCACUGCUGAUGAAUACUUGGACCAUUCUCUGAAGCUGAAACAAGGCUCCACCCCUGAAGUAGAGAGGCAUAACAAGGUUCGACAGAGCUUAAGAGAGUUCUUUGCCGUGCGACGCUGCUUUGUCAUGGAUCGGCCGGCCAACAAGGAGAAGAUGAAACGCAUGGAGCAGGUGAAAGAUGCUGACCUGGAGCCCAGCUUUGUAGCGCAGGCAAAUGAGUUCUGCGACUACAUCCACCAGCGGGCCCAAGUCAAGACCAUGAGAGGAGGCCGAGGGCUGACCGGCAGGAUGCUGGGCUGCCUAGCAGAGACCUAUGUGGAGGCGAUCCGCAGUGGGAAGGUGCCUUGUCUGGAGAGCGCUGUGGAGUCGCUGGCCAAGAUCCACAACAGCCGAGCUGUGGCAGAGGCUCUGGAGUUCUACCAGACACAAAUGACCCAGAGAGUGCAGUUCCCCACAGACACACAGGAGGCGCUGUCUAGGGUCCACACAACUGUUGAGAAACAGGCCAUCAGCAUCUUCAUCAAGGCGUCCUUCAACGACCAAGACUACCAGCACCAGAAACAGCUGAAGGCCAGCAUAGAGGGAAAGUACGGAGAGAUCUGUAAGAGGAAUGUGAAGGCGUCUCGUAAGCGGUGCUGGCAAGUCAUCCCGCAGGUGUUUGCCUCUCUGGUGAAUGGAUUGAGCAACGGCUCCUUCACGAAAACUGGGGGUUACAGGGAAUUCUGCUCUGAACUGGACCGUGGAGUGGAGCGCUACAGAUCACAGUCAGGCAAGGGACUCAUGGGUGAAGAAGUCCUGACGGAGUAUCUGGAGGAGAAGCAUGCGGCGGGCGAGACUAUCCGGAAUGCUGACAAGAGCCUGACUGAGGCCCAGAAGAGGGCGGAAGCUGAGAGGGUGCGGCGAGAGGAGUUAGAGCAGCAGCAGCGCUUGCUGCAGCAACGUACUCGUAUGCAGGAGCGCGCUCUGCAGGACCUGAAGGAGAGCAAUGAGCAGAACAUCAAGCAGCUGAAAGUAAAGAUGGCGGAGGAGAGUAGGAGGAACCAAGAGGAGCUGGAUCGCCUCCUCAACGCCAAGCUGCAGGAGCAAAAAGAGAAUCUGAAGCAUGGGUUUGACAGAAAAGCUGAAAAGCUGCAAGACGAAAUCGAUAAGCUGAAAAGAGACAAGAGAGAUGCGGUGAAGCCCAAACCAGAGCCAGAUUUCUGGUCCGAGGUCGGGGAUGGCAUCCAGGAGAUUGGCACUGGCAUCGGACGGAUGGGGAAGGCCGUGGUUACAGGUGUGGGAAAUGUCGCAAAGUCUACGUGGAAUACAGUGAAGGGCUGGUUUAGCUAGAAGCCAGGGUUUGGGGUGCUGAAUAUUAACCCUUUCUAAAGUGUCUAGCAUUGCAGGUGGAGGACAAAUUGGUUUGCAGUAGAUACAUAUAUAGACAGGCAAACUAGAGAGAGCUCACCACUAACUGCAUUUUUAAAUGUAUUUUCAUUCACCUCUGAUACUAUAUUCUGUAUGUGAGCCAAACCAAGUUAACAUGAGUGAGAUGAUUCAUUUCAGUGGUGACCGCUUCAGGGUUGGAAAUAUCUAGAAAGGCUACUGAUUACUCUCCAACAAUCUAGAAUGGAUAACUGUCCAACACUCCAGGCUGCAGUUACUCUCCUGCAGUCACCUAGUGCCUACCAGUUACAUGCCAACAAUCAACACCCACAGAUGUGCCUUUACCUUAAAUACCUCAGGCAUGUCCCCACUACAUACAUCAUGCUUAAUAUGUCCACUAGAUAUCUAUAGAUCACUGCUAAACUAGAUAUCUUGUGAUUUCCAUUUCAUAUCCACUAGAUGUCUAGUAAUUACUGUUUAAUAGCCACUGUAUGACAAGUGAUCACUGUUUCAUAUGUCAGCUAGUUGCUUCAUGAUAAUAUUUAUUAUUUAAUAUUCUCACAUCAUCACUCCUGCUGAAGGCACUGUUUAUUUUGUGAUAUGAAAUUAAAUAUUUUAAAAUUAAUCUUUAUUCACGAUUUAAUGUCAAUUUAAUAUACGUAAUUUGUAAAUG